GGGCUGUGGGGUCGGUGCGGGUGUUCAAUCAUGAAGUCUCGGUAGUGGCAUCUCCCGCUGCGACGCGUCGGUCAGCCUGUUCGUGUCCCGGGUGCCGGGCUCCCAGGCACUGUUCUAGGCUCUCAAGAGUAUACCAGUGGAGCAGCGAGAGAAAUAUCCUUGCCUUCAUGGAGCAUAUCUGGGAGAAAUAAGGUGGUUGUCCAAGAUGCUGCUCUCUAUAGGAAUGCUGAUGCUGUCGGCCACGCAGGUCUAUACCAUCCUGACUGUCCAGCUCUUUGCGUUCUUGAAUCUGCUGCCCGUUGAAGCGGACAUUUUAGCAUAUAAUUUUGAAAAUGCAUCUCAGACAUUUGAUGACCUUCCAGCAAGAUUUGGUUAUAGACUUCCAGCUGAAGGUUUAAAGGGUUUUCUGAUUAACUCAAAACCGGAGAAUGCCUGCGAACCCAUAGUGCCUCCACCGCUAAAAGACAAUUCAUCUGGCACUUUCAUCGUGUUAAUUAGAAGACUUGAUUGUAAUUUUGAUGUAAAGGUUUUAAAUGCACAGAGAGCAGGAUUCAAAGCAGCCAUAGUUCACAAUGUUGACUCUGAUGACCUCAUUAGCAUGGGAUCCAACGACAUCGAGGUGUUAAAGAAAAUUGACAUACCAUCAGUUUUUAUUGGGGAGUCAUCAGCUAAUUCCCUGAAAGAUGAAUUCACAUAUGAAAAAGGGGGCCACAUUGUCUUAGUUCCAGAAUUCAGUCUUCCCCUGGAAUACUACCUAAUCCCCUUCCUUAUCAUUGUGGGCAUCUGUCUCAUCUUGAUAGUCAUUUUCAUGAUCACAAAAUUUGUCCAGGACCGACAUAGAGCUAGAAGAAACAGACUUCGUAAAGAUCAACUUAAGAAACUCCCUAUACAUAAAUUCAAGAAAGGAGAUGAGUAUGAUGUGUGUGCCAUUUGCCUGGAUGAAUAUGAAGAUGGAGACAAGCUCAGAAUCCUUCCCUGUUCCCACGCUUAUCACUGCAAGUGUGUAGACCCUUGGCUAACUAAAACCAAAAAAACCUGUCCAGUCUGCAAGCAAAAAGUUGUUCCUUCUCAAGGCGAUUCAGACUCUGACACAGACAGCAGUCAGGAAGAAAACGAAGUGUCGGAACACACCCCUCUACUCAGACCUUUGGCUUCUGUCAGCGCUCAGUCGUUCGGGGCUUUGGCCGAAUCCCGCUCACGUCAGAACACGACAGAAUCUUCAGACUACGAGGAAGACGACCAUGAAGACACUGACAGCAGUGACGCCGAAAACGACAUUAGUGAACACAGUGUUGUGGUCCAGCUGCAGCCUGACGGUGGACGGGAUUACAACAUAGCAAACACCGUCUGACCUGCAGGGGGGAUCAGUUUACUUCUCUUUAAAAUUAUAUGUAGGUAUAUAAUUUGAUUUUUUUUUUUUUUUUUUGGCUCCCUUCUGAGAUUUCUGUAGAAAUAGCUCAUUUUUUAGUAUUCUGCAGUUUAAUCAGGUUACAGAAACAGGCUUUUUGAUCCAGUAUUGUCUGCAGGAGUGUACCUCGUUUCACUAAUAAUACAAAGGUGCUGUGUGACUUAAGCACCAACUCUCCUUUGGAAUGAAAAAUAGCCAAAACAUUGAAAAAAUCCUCAGUAUAGCUUGCAAAAAGACCUAGACCACAGUAUGCAAAUAUUUUGUGUUUUACACAAAAGGUCAGUGCUGCUGCUACCCAGCAUGAGCUAAGCCACCGCCCCUUCCAUGAAGUUACCUGUUCCAUGGUUUCCAAGGAGCGCCUGGUAGAUUCGAACUGCCGACCUCUUGGUUAACAACCGUAGUGCUUAACCACUACACCACCAGGGUCUCCAAAGUUACCUAGAGCUGUUGGAGUAUCUUUGUUCUGGUAUUUCUCCAAAUAGCCAUCAUUAAUGAGAGGUGGCAAGGUUAAUUUAAUAUUUUUCCUCCUAUUGGCACUACAAAGAAAAAGAUACACUCAAAGCUGUCUUUUUCCGUCCUCUUCCCAAGUAGUCCUGUCCUGACAGGGAAUACUCUGUACUAGUGCAGAUAUCAAAAAAAAAAAAUUAAAGUUUUUUAAUGCGAUAGUGUUGUGUCUGAACUUGAUUCAGCAACUAAAGUAAUGUCUCUGGACUUUGCUUACUGAAUUUCAGUAUCCUUCAGGUUUUGUGUGGUUGCGAUCAAAGCAAAAAGAAAACUAAAAAUACUCAACUUCGGCAACUGUUUCUACUCAGACCAUAUACCUCUUAAUAAAGAGCAUCUUAUGCUAACUAGCUCUGCUAAACUAUGUACAGAGGAAACUGUUCAAGUAUUGGAUUUGAAAAUGAGUGCUUAUGGUUAACAGAACUAAUGAUGUAUUUUAACAAUGUAUUAUGAGAAGCUGAAUUAUACAUCAUUGUAACUAUGUAGAAAAUAAUGGACUUACGAAUAAUCAAAAUGCUAAGAAUUUUUAUAUGGCCUUGUAAGGGGAGUUUGAAUGUUAAUAAACAUGUUUUCCACUUUAAGAACCA